GGAGAAUGAGGUCGGAACUGAAGUCGCAGGCCGUUAUGUCGUGACGAGCCAUUUUUUCAGUAACACAAAACGUCAUUGAUUUUGGAGCCGUGAUAGAUCAUCGACUAGCCAGGAGCUCGGGCGGUUGUAAUGGCAGGAGGAGAAACAGCAGGAGUCGACCUCAGCAGGAAGUUUGUGUCUGAAUCUGAGCUUGAUGAGAGGAGAAAGAAGAGACAGGAGGAAUGGGAGAAAGUGAGGAAACCUGACGAUCCCGAAGAGGCCCCAGAGGAGGAGUAUGACCCACGUUCCCUCUUUGAGCGACUGCAGGAGCAGAAAGACAAGAAGCAGGAGGAAUAUGAGGAGCAGUUUAAAUUCAGGAACAUGGUGAGGGGAUUGGACGAAGAUGAGACCAGUUUCUUGGACGAAGUCUCCCGGCAACAGAGCCUUGUUGAGAAGCAACGCAGGGAUGAGGAGAAGCAGGAGCUGCUGGAAUAUAGAAGCGCUUUAGUGAAAAAAGCAUCUGCAGAGAGCCGCCGAGAGCCCGAAAAGAAGGCAGCAGCGAAGCAUUCAGGAGCCGAGCAGAGAACCAGCCACCUGUCUCAGGCCCAUUUAUUAGCUGGAGCUGUGAAGAGACGCAGCUCCUCACAGUCUUCAGACAGCAGUAAAAAACAGAAGGUGGAAAUCACGACGACAGCAGCAGCGACAGGAAACGGAGACAGACACACAGAACAGGAGGGCGGAGCAGGAGGAGGGUCUGGGGGAGCUGAAGAUCAACAAACCGUCCCUGGCCUGACAUCAAAGACGCCCUCGGCUCCCCUGAGCUCCAACCAGGGCGUGUUGCACCUUCCGUCAGCAGCCGUGUGCGUCGGCGUUUUACCGGGACUCUGGGUUUAUUCCGGCAGCAGCGAUUCUGACAGCAGCUCGGACAGCGAAGGUAGCGUGGACGCAAUUAUGUCGCCGUACCCCCGGCACAACAGGGCCUACAGAUAGACACAGACACAGACACACACACACACACACAGGCAUCCACACACAAACUGCAGUAUGUUUGCAAGCCUCCAGAACAGCUUGCAACAAUCAGAAAAGGUAACCUUACAUAAGAUACGCACACAGACAGACUAAAGGUCAUAUAUACAUACACAUGGAGAAGUUAGUCAUGUUAGUUGUACAUUUGCAACACACACACUCACCCAGCAAACCUCCUCAGUAUUCCUGUUGUUUUCACAGCUGUGAGUUAAACUGUUGCUCUUUGUCGUCAGACAAAGUUCAGCCCGGUAAUAUAAUCCUUACAAAGCACUUCAAACUGAUUUCAACUCUAUUCUGAACUAAAUCUGUGCAUCUAUUUGUGGUUUUUUGCUAUUGUGGCACUCAAACAUGACACCUCCACCCUUCCUUCCCUCAAUCGCAUCUCACGCAGUUUAAGCCGAGCAUCCAAUCCCUGCACUGCCUACCCCGACGACAUCCUGCCCCCCCUACACUCCCCUCCCAACCCAAGCCACAGCGACUGCAAGCUGUGCUAUUGGCUGAGGGAACAGUGAUUGACAGCUGUGGAGCACGGAAGAGACUGCUUUAGACUGUCACAUGACUCACAUCUCGUUAGCUAUCAGCAGCAGAGGAGUGAGAUGGGGACACGCUCGUCUCUCUCUGCGUUUGGGUUCAAUGCCGAGUCUGACUGGUUUGAAAAGUAAAGUUUUUAAUUUGUGUGAUGUAAAGUGUUUUCUCAUCUAUGGUCAAAUCAUUCUGGAAAGAUGCUGGACUGUUUGCUGCUGUCUCGGGCGCCGGAACGAUGUUUGGUUGGUUCAAAGUCUGAGCAGAAUGUAAUAAACAGCGUGCCCUUGUUC